UUUUUCAUUUCCUUUUUGUUCAAAAAAAAAAAGAGUUCGACUUUUUCAAGCCAAGAGACAUUUUUGUAUGAGGCGACAUUUUAUAUGUCUUUCGAGGAAUUUUAAAUUUUUUUUCUAUAAUGAAUUUUUUUCAAUUGACUUGGUGAAACUAGAUCAUAAUACAAGGUAAAAUAACACAACUAUGUCUCAAAGAAUAGGUAAUUCGGCCGUUGCCUUAACCAGGGUGUGGCAUCAUGUGGAUGUCGCUGCAGAACAAAGAACAUUAGGUCGUUUGGCAGCCAAUAUAGCAUUAACUUUACAAGGAAAACAUAAGCCAACAUAUUCACCAAAUAGAGAUCAUGGAGAUUAUGUUGUAGUAACAAACUGCAAACAUUUGAAAGUAACAGGUAAUAAGAUGCAAGAUAAACAUUACUGGUCACAUAAUACUCGUCCAGGGUCCUUGAAAUUGAUUUCAAUGGAAACCAUGAUAGAUAAUAAAGGGUAUGGAGAAAUUUUAAAGAGAGCUGUUAAAGGUAUGAUACCAAAGACUAAACAUAGACUUAUAAGAAUGGAUAGAUUGAAAGUUUUCGAUGGAGAUGAACAUCCUUAUAAAGAUAAUUUAAUAGCAUUUGCUGAUGAAGUUGAACAAAUGAAGGCUAAAGUAGCACAACUUGAACAAAAUGAAGCUAAGAUAUCUGAACUUCGAAAGAAAUAUUUAGAAGGACAUUCUGCUUAAACAUGUAAUUAGGACAAUACACAGUUAAAUAAUCAUCCAUCAAUUUGUACAUAAAAUAUACACACACCACUUACUUUAUG